CACUGCCACCACCACCAUCCCCAAAUACCCAAUCUCUACUGCCACUCUCCCCCAUUUCAUCCACCACAUGGUGUGUCUCCUAUCAGAUAUAAACAAUCAAAAUCAACAUCAAAUCGAAUAAGGUUAACGUCUGCGUCAUAAAUGGAUUCAGAACUCCAAGAUUUAUCUUCAAAACCCCAAUCUCCCACUUCUCAACCCAAUCUUGAAGACGUUUCCGAGAAGGAUGAUAGCCCCCUCCUCAGCUCCACCACCACCACAUCCACCUGCACCUCUAGAACCACCACUGGCGCCGACAAAUCCUCCUCAUCCACACCCCUUCCCAGCAUCGAAGAGCUCGAGAAGAAAUACGCCGCGUUUGUCCGACACGAUGUGUAUGGCGCCAUGGGACGUGGAGAGCUACCCUGGACCGAGAAGUUUUUGUUAGGAAUUGCGCUCAUCACGCUCCUCCCGAUACGGGUGGUGCUGGCAACAACGGUUGUUGUCUUGUACUACUUGAUUUGUAGGGUUUGUACUCUGUUUAUGGCGCCAAAUCGGGAGGACGGGCAGGAGGAUUAUGCUCACAUGGGUGGCUGGAGGAGAACGGUUCUCUUUUGGUCUGGAAGAGUUCUUUCUAGGAUUAUGCUUUUCGCCUUUGGAUUUUAUUGGAUUCAUGAGUCUUCGAGGAAUCCAGAAAUCGAUGGAAGUUUCAACAAUGAGGCGGAUAGCAAUGACCAAUCUGAGGAAAAUGAAAGACCUGGAGUAAUCAUAUCAAACCAUGUGUCACAUAUGGAUAUUUUGUACCAUAUGUCUUCGUCAUUUCCGAGUUUUGUUGCCAAGAGAUCAGUGGGCAAGCUUCCUCUGGUUGGCCUUAUAAGCAAGUGCCUUGGUUGUGUAUAUGUCCAGCGGGAGUCGAAAUCUUCAGAUACAAAGGGCGUCUCAGCUGUUGUCAAUGAGAGAAUUCAGGAAGCUCACCGAGAUAAGUCUGCACCCAUGAUGAUGCUUUUUCCAGAAGGGACAACUACAAAUGGGGAUUACAUACUUCCAUUUAAAACUGGUGCAUUUUUGGCGAAGGCUCCUGUUCUUCCUGUCAUUUUGAGAUAUCCUUAUGAGAGAUUUAGCCCUGCAUGGGAUUCCAUAACUGGGGUGCGUCAUGUGAUCUUGCUGCUGUGUCAAUUUGUAAAUAAUAUGACGGUAACAAGGUUGCCAAUUUAUUACCCCUCACAAGAAGAAAAGGAUAAUCCAAAACUAUAUGCCGAAAAUGUUCGGAGAUUGAUGGCUCGUGAGGGUAACUUAAUAAAAUCAGACAUUGGUUUAGCGGAGAAACGCGUAUAUCAUGCGGCCCUCAAUGGUAGGCCUAAUGUUUUGCAUGAGAAAGACGAUUGAUUGAUUGAUGAUAGGUUUGACGGGCAGACUCCGAAAUGAUAUAAUACGUUGGUUAUCAUUUUAGUCGAGUUGGUGAAAACACAGCAAUGCAGAUGUUUCCUGCUGCAUGUAAUCGUUACUUCAGGAAACGAAAUGAAUAAAAUGUGUUGUUAAACCAUACACACAGAAUUUCUUUGAUUUAGUGGCCUAAAUAGAAAGCUGAUUGAAAGUAAUCCUGAAGCAUCUCUUUUCUGUU